AUGACCAUGAGUGCCGCUUCCAUUGAACAAGAGCCGUCACGCAAGCUGGCCUGCUGUGGAGUUCCCCUGAUUACGGAGGACAUGCAGUCCCUGGCUAUCCGCACACUUUCUGGCACGGACAUCAACAAGCACUACGACCUCAUCCGUGAGCUGGGGAAGGGAACCUACGGGAAGGUAGAUCUGGUCUCCCAUAAGAGCACGGGCACCAAGAUGGCUCUGAAAUUUGUCAACAAGAACAAGACCAAACUGAAGAAUUUCUUGAGGGAGUUCAGCAUUACCAAUACUUUAUCUUCAAGCCCUUUCAUCAUCAAAGUUUUUGAUGUCGUCUUUGAGACUGAGGACUGCUAUGUUUUUGCCCAGGAAUACGCCCCUGGAGGAGACCUUUUCGACAUCAUUCCUCCACAGGUGGGGCUUCCAGAGGACAUGGUGAAGCGCUGUGUGCAACAGCUGGGCCUGGCGCUGGACUACAUGCACAGCAAAAACUUGGUGCACCGGGACAUCAAGCCGGAAAAUGUCCUCCUGUUUGACCGUGACUGCCGGCGCGUCAAGCUGGCUGACUUUGGCAUGACGCGCAAGGUAGGGUGCCGGGUGAAGCGCAUCAGCGGCACCAUCCCGUACACAGCGCCAGAGGUGUGCCAGGCGGGCCGGGCUGAGGGUUUCACUGUGGACGCCAGCAUCGACGUGUGGGCUUUCGGGGUGCUGAUCUUUUGCGUGCUGACGGGCAACUUCCCCUGGGAAGCGGCCACGGCAUCAGAUUCUUUCUUUGAGGAGUUUGUAAGGUGGCAAAAGGGACGCCUGGCGGGCCUCCCCUCCCAGUGGCGCCGCUUCACGGACAACGCGCUGCGGAUGUUCCAGCGCUUGUUGGCCCUCGACCCGGAAAAGCGCUGCCCGGUGAAGGAGCUCUUUCUCUUCAUCAAGUACGACCUGAUGUCCGAGAUGCGCCGGCGGCCCUCCUAUCGCUCCCGCAAGCACACCGGGGACAAGCUCUCGGCCGGUCCUCACCGCCACGAGACGCCCAGUGGUUGCACCCCAACCCCGCUCAAGAGGACCAUCCUGACGGAGGGCAGCGUCUCCCGGCUUGCUGCUUCGGAGCCCGGUCUCCCUUCCCCUGGGGGAGGAAACAGAACUGAUGGCCGGGCAGACAAGGGGAAAGGCCAGAUGGUUUUGGCCACAGCCAUUGAGAUCUGCGUCUGAGGAGGGCGUGGCACGUGAGCCAAGCAUUCCGAUAUCAGCACCGCGCCUUCUUCUGCCCUGGGAUAGGCGGGGUGGAGAAGGAAUCUUUUUUUAAGAGACUGGGAUCUCUGUCUUUCAGAACAAAAAGCAAACAAUACAACAGGAAACCAAGUGGGGG